ACCAACUGCAAGGAACAGCAGAAGAGUCAUCCGAGCGACGAUGAUGAAGCUGAGGUGCCCCAACCCCAAGAGGCUCUUUAGGAGGAGCUCCUCCAAGAUCAGCAGGUCUAGUAGCAGCUGCAGCAGUAGCAGCGACAACGGCAGCGACGCCGGUGGCAUUCGGGGUGCCGGCGGCAGCGGGGAGAUCGAGUGGGAGGUGCGGCCGGGGGGCAUGCUGGUGCAGAGGAGGGACGGGAGGGGGGACGUCGAGGUUAUCACCGUCAGGGUGGCCACCGGCUACUCCUGGCACGACGUCUCCAUUGGAGCUACCUGCACUUUUGGUGAGCUGAAGGUGGCAGUGUCCAUGGUGACGGGGCUGGAGCCAAGGGAGCAGAGGCUAUUGUUCAGGGGCAAGGAGAGGGAGGACAGCGAUCACCUCCACAUGGUUGGGGUCAGGGACAAGGACAAGGUGCUGCUCCUAGAGGACCCUGCCCUCAAGGACAUCAAGCUCCGGUCUGCGCUCGCGGGCCAGGCCGUGCAGAGCCCGUAUCGGACAUUUAUCGAGGUGUAGGCCGCCCCACCUCGCCCACAGCGCUAACAGUUAGGGUAAAUCAAAUCAAUCCGACCAUCAGCCAGCCAGUCUCAGUUGAAAAAAGCUUAUUUCGGAACUUGAUGCAUGGUGUGGUUCGCUACUGUUGAUCGUCAGUACUUGGGUACCACUCCAUGGAAUGGAAGGGCAAAGGACCUCCUCGUGUGAGAGUUAGAGUACAACAAAUUUUUAAUUAGUUAUAAUUGCAUGAUUGUGCAAUUUUUAGCCAGUUGUAAGUUUUAAGUUUUUUUCUUUUUAGACAAUGCAAGGGCUACCCAAGUCUAAAUUGGAUGUCAUGCAUGUUAACAAGUUAGAUCGGAGAGUGCAAUCUUAGAUGGUGCCUGUGGCAUAGUGUGUGCUAAAUUGCUAGUUUGCCAAGGCAAUUAUGUUGUGGAUGAGAUGUACCAACGUGUCAUGAGACGUCCUCACACUCGAGUUGUGGAUGAGAUU